AGUAAUACUCCAUGCUUAUUCAGUUAUUUGUUGCCAUCAAAUGUUGAUUAUACAGGAUUUCUUGGAGUCUUCCACACUUUAACACUGUUAGAAAUUAUACUGGUGAGAAGGGUAAUUUUUCACCUGCCAAACUCUAUUUAGAACAGAAAGGUGGCCACACUGCAGUUCUCUCUCUCCAGCGUCCUCUCCAGACAAGGAAGUUGAAUUCCGACAUGGCUUCCUUAUCUUGUUCGCCGUCUCGGUCCAAGUCUACUCGAGCUGAUUCUAGCGAGUUCUUCACUGUUAACAUCAAUGCCGGUUCCAUAGAAACCGAGCUGUCCAACGAUGCGGCAAUGACUGAGGCUAGAGAAAACCGUGAUGAAGUGGUACACCGUAGGUCGAAUUCCGGCGGCCAACAGCGCACUGGUGGUGGGGAGGAGAUUGUGGCAUAUUGUACCACUCCAUCUCCUGGUAGAAAUUCAGGGCUUUUGUCUAGGAAGAUGAAGUCCAGGCUGUUGGACCCCCUUGAGCCGGAAAGGAUGACCCUAAAGUCAGGGUGUGAAGGCGAGGAAGAUGAAGACCCUUUCAUGGAUGAGGACGUACCUGAAGCUUUGAGCAAGAAGAUCAACCUUUUGAAUCGUCCUUUGACUACACUGCAAUGGGUCAGUUUUAUCAUUCUCACUGCAGCUCUCUUCUGUACUUUCAAGAUUCAUGUGCUAAGAAUCUUCAUUGGUUGGGAGUGCUUGUACAAUACGAGGCAUGAGAGGGUCACUGAAAACAAAAUACUGCCACUAGUGACCCGAAUCUUGAUAUGUCUGCUCGUGGGAAUGUUUGUAAGGCUUGUAAAGACACUGCUUGUAAAGGUCCUAGCUCUGUCAUUUCAUGUUAGCGCAUUCUUUGAUCGGAUUCAAGAGUCCCUAUUCGAUCAAUAUGUGGUUCAAACUAUGUCUGGCCCUCCGUCGACUGGGAUUUCCCGUGAGCAAGAGGGGGAGGACGACAAGACAGUGGCCACUACAAGCAGCCUACCUGCAUGGUUUUCAAGAUUCAUGCCUAUGAAAAACAAGUCUGAGGGGAGAAGAAGCACUCUCGAUCACCCGAGGAGGCUUACUCAGAAAAAUAUCUCAGCCUAGACUAUGAAGAGGCUGAUGCGGAUUGUUCGGAAAGGUGUGUUGUCCACCUUAGAUGAACGGCUUCAUGAGUCCAGAGGUAGAGAUGAGAUUAAUCUACAGUGGCGAUUACAAGUGAGAAACUGGCAAAAGUUGCAGCCAAAAAGAUUUUCAACAAUGUGGCUAAGCGAGGCUCCGAGUGAGUACUAUUUACUUACUGUGUGAUUU